GACUAAGAUGGCUGCAGUGCGAGUACUGAGGAACUGGAGCCGCGGUGCUGGGCGGCUGAUUUGUGUUCGCUAUUUUCAAACAUGUAGUAAUGUUCAUAUUUUGAAGCCAAAAUGUGUGUGUUUCUUCGGUUAUCCUUCAUUCAAGUAUAGUCAUCCACAUCAGUUGCUGAAAACAACUGCUGCUCUACAUGGACAAGUUGUUCAGUUCAAACUUUCAGACAUUGGAGAAGGGAUUAGAGAAGUAACUGUUAAAGAAUGGUAUGUUAAAGAAGGAGAUACAGUUUCUCAGUUUGAUAGCAUCUGUGAAGUUCAAAGUGAUAAAGCUUCUGUUACUAUUACUAGUCGUUAUGAUGGAGUCAUUAAAAAACUCUAUUAUAAUCUAGAUGAUAUUGCCUAUGUGGGGAAGCCAUUAGUGGACAUAGAAACAGAAGCUUUAAAAGAUUCAGAAGAAGAUGUUGUUGAAACUCCUGCUGUGUCCCAUGAUGAACACAUACACCAGGAGAUAAAAGGCCAGAAAACACUGGCAACCCCUGCAGUUCGCCGCCUGGCAAUGGAAAACAAUAUCAAGUUGAGUGAAGUUGUUGGCUCAGGAAGAGAUGGCAGAAUACUUAAAGAAGAUAUUCUCAAUUAUUUGGAAAAGCAGACAGGAGCUAUAUUACCUCCUUCACCUAAAGCUGAAAUUAUACCACCGCCACCAAAACCAAAAGACAGGACUGUUCCCAUACCAAUAUCAAGGCCUCCGGUAUUCACAGGCAAAGACGUAACGGAACCCGUAAAAGGCUUUCAAAAAGCAAUGGUUAAGACCAUGUCUGCAGCCCUGAAGAUACCUCAUUUUGGCUAUUGUGAUGAGGUUGACGUUACUGAACUGGUUAAACUACGAGAAGAAUUAAAACCUGUUGCUGCAUCUCGUGGAAUUAAACUCUCCUUUAUGCCCUUUUUCUUAAAGGCUGCUUCUUUGGGAUUACUGCAGUUUCCUAUUCUUAAUUCUUCUGUGGAUGAAAACUGCCAGAAUAUAACAUACAAGGCUUCACAUAACAUUGGGAUAGCAAUGGAUACUGAACAGGGGUUGAUUGUCCCUAAUGUGAAAAAUGUUCAGAUCCGCUCUGUAUUUGAGAUUGCCACUGAAUUGAACCGCCUCCAGAAAUUGGGCUCUGCCGGUCAGCUCAGCACCAGUGACCUUACUGGAGGAACAUUUACUCUUUCCAACAUUGGAUCAAUUGGUGGCACUUAUACCAAGCCAGUGAUAUUGCCACCUGAAGUAGCCAUUGGGGCCCUUGGAUCAAUUAUGGCCCUUCCCCGAUUUAACCAGAAAGGAGAAGUAUAUAAAGCACAGAUAAUGAAUGUGAGCUGGUCGGCUGAUCACAGAAUUAUUGAUGGUGCUACAAUGUCACGCUUCUCUAAUUUGUGGAAAUCCUACUUAGAAAACCCAGCUUUUAUGCUACUAGAUCUGAAAUGAAGAUGAAUAAGACAUUCUUGAACUUUCUGAGCUUCCAAAGUAUGUAAAGCCUCGUUGUGCCAGCACACAUUCUUCAUCAUAAUUUGUAUUAUAAAUGAUUUGUAUUUUAUGAUUAAGGUUCUAAGGCACAAUAUUUAUCACUACUAUGUUAACUGUUUAAUGAAAAUGAGUAAUAGUGUAAUAGGUCUCCUGGGGCUGUCACAUUUUAUAGGUCAGAGUGGGACUUCUUGAUAUGGUGCUGAGGUCUGUGUGUCAGUGGAUUGAAACUGAGAAGAAAACAAAAGCAUUGUUACUAACAGGCAAGUAGCCAUAUACACACAGCAUUUGCUUCUUCCUUCCUUUCUUUCUUAACUAAUUCUUAAUGAAACUUUAUACUUAAUUGGGGAAAGGAAUUUGUAUACCAAAACAUUUUCCAUUUCCCUAUAAUCAUGCUUAUCGAUAUAUAAGUGCAAUUAUACUUCUUUUAAGAUAUUUAGGUAUAUAUAUAUAUAUAUAUAUAUAUAUAUAUAUAUAUAUAUAUACUCUUGCUCUG